CCGCCCGCCGCGGCGGAGGGAGGGACGGAGGGAGGAAGGGAGCCCCCGGCGCGGCCCUGCUCCGCCUCUGCCCCGCUUUCCGGGAGCGGCCCGCACAGCAGCGCCGGGGCCGGGAGCGGGGCCGGGCGACGGAGGCGGCCCUCGCCGCGGCCAUGGAGCCCGACCAGCUGCGCCUUUCCGCGGCCGCACGUGGCCAUGGAGGCUAUGAUUCUGAUUUUAGUGAUGAAGAGAGUGGAGAGAAGUCUCUGCAAAAGACUAAAAGAAUACAGGAAGAUGCCCUUCUCAUAAAGCCAUUUCAAAAACCAAAACAAGGCAGUGUGGUUCACAAACAAUUUGCAGCUGAAGAAUGUGAUAGGGAAGAAGCAAGAAAAAGAAGAUUUCACUUGAUAUCGAUGGAUGCUUAUGAAAGACACAAAAAGUUUGUGCAUGACUACAUUUUAUACUACGGCGGCAAAAUAGAGGAUUUCCGAAGAUCUGGAGCAAAUGACAAGACGGAUCUUGAUGUGAUUAGAGAAAACCAUAGAUUCCUGUGGAAUGAAGAAGAUGAAGCAGACAUGAAUUGGGAGAAGAGGCUUGCAAAGAAGUAUUAUGACAAAUUGUUCAAAGAAUACUGUAUAGCAGAUCUCAGCAGAUACAAAGAGAAUAAGUUUGGAUUUAGAUGGCGACAUGAGAAAGAAGUAAUUUCAGGAAAAGGUCAGUUUUCCUGUGGAAACAAACACUGUGAUGAGAAUGAAGGCCUGAAGAGCUGGGAGGUGAAUUUUGGUUACGUUGAACAUGGUGAAAAGAGGAAUGCACUGGUGAAAUUAAGACUGUGUCCAGAAUGUUCCCACAAACUAAACUUCCAUCACCGGAGGAAAGAAGUCAAAACAUGCAAGAAAAGAGGCACAGCUGCACAGAACCCUAAAGAGCCAAAACGAAAGAAGACAAAAUUAUCUCGUUCAGCAAAAAAGAAGUCCAAAAAAAAGACACAUAAAGAUGAGGUUUCUUCAGACGAUUCAGAUAGUUCUGAUAAAGAUUCAGAUAACAGCAGUGCAGAAGAUGGUCCUUCAAAAGGUCCUUCAAACUUUUGGAACGGUCCUCUACGAGAAGCGAGUGAAAAAUCCCGGGAACAGGAGUUUGAUGAGUAUUUUCGAGACUUAUUUCUCUAAAACUUGCAACUGAUGUAGACUGAUUUUCUUCAUGCGUUGUCAAGAUGGAAAUCUGGAAAUCCAGUCAUAAUUUUCCAGAGACCUGUAUCUGCCAACAUACCUUUUCUACAGUCACUCAUGUGGACCAUUUGGUUGGACUGUCUUUGUAGAAGGUUUCAAAUCUAAAAAAAUUCUGUUUCUUGUAGAAGGCUGCAUACUCUUGAAACAAGAGAAAUAAUUUUUUCCUUUCAGUGCAAAAUAUAUAUGGCACCCAAACUUAAACAAACAAGAAUAUAGUUUAUUAACAUUACAACAAGGAAGUUCACUGCUUUUAUUUUAUCCCAAACUUCAGGUAUUGCCAGAUUUUUGUAAAGGAGCAUUUUGUAAGAUUCUGUGAAUAGUUUAAAGCCAUACACUUCAAUAUAUUUAUAUUUUUAAUUUAUUAAGCAAGCCUUAAAUUUAUUGGUUACUUAGACUUCAAUGUUUGGAUAUUAGUUUCUGUAAAUAUUUUCAAAUGCUAUUGGAGAAGUUCAAAUAUGUGUUCUACUUGAAUUAAGUAAACCAUAUCUGAAAUCUCUCCUACUCCUUUAAAAAGUUCAGCUUAUUGUGGCUUUCUUUUAAAUUUCAGUUGUAAAGUGAUGUGUCUUACAAUUCCACCUAUAAAAAUUUGGUUGGUUGUGAAAUUUUUGGUGUAAAAAAUAACAUGUGGCUUUCUACUGGAGAUGUACGUGACUUUUGUGUUAUCUGUGCCUUCUGAUCUCCUUUCCAUUGAUUGGACGUUAAUCCUUCUUUCACGUGUAAUCCUAAAUACACAAAUAAAGCAUGUAUAUUGCUCGAGCAAA